AUGGAAAAACAGUACAUACGCUCAUAUAUAAAAACUCGUUGGUUAUUAGGUUUAACAGCUACACAAAUUCAUGGUGAAUUAAUUACUGCUUAUGGACAGGAUGUAGUUUCAUAUUGUACAGUUACUCGAUGGAUUGAACGAUUUUCAAAUGAACGAGAAUCUUUGGAAGAUAAUCCUCGAAGUGGUCGUCCAAUAGCCAGCAGUACUCAACAAAAUACUGAUGCUGUUAAAGACUUGGUGAAUGAUGAUCCACAUAUUAGUAUUGAUUAUAUUGGUACUACCUCAUACAUGUUUAUUACAUGUAUUAUUGUGAUGAAUGUCUAA